UCAAGCGCUGCUGUCAUUUUUAUACGCAAGUCAUUUUGGCAUCAAAAGUCAUUCCGGCAUUUGGAAAUUGGUUUGUUUGUCUUCAUUGAGACGUUUUGAAAGAACAGCGAAAUACAGUCAUGUUUCUAACACGCUCCGAGUACGAUAGAGGUGUAAACACCUUCUCACCAGAGGGCCGCCUCUUCCAGGUCGAAUAUGCUAUUGAGGCCAUCAAGCUGGGCUCCACAGCCAUCGGCAUUUGCACCAAUGACAGCGUUGUUCUCGCCGUGGAGAAGCGCAUUACCUCGCCGCUGAUGGUGCCAAAGACUGUGGAGAAGAUUGUUAAGGUGGAUGAGCAUAUUGGUUGUGCCACAUCUGGUUUGAUGGCCGAUGCACGCACAUUGAUUGAGCGUGCACGCGUCGAGUGCCAGAAUCAUUGGUUCGUCUACAACGAGGAGAUGACCGUGGAGUCAUGUGCCCAGGCUGUGUCCACAUUGGCCAUACAGUUUGGCGAUAGCGGUGAUAGCGAUGGCGCUGCGGCAAUGAGUCGUCCCUUCGGUGUGGCCAUACUCUUUGCCGGCAUUGAGAAUGGCAAGCCGCAACUGUGGCAUAUGGAUCCAUCCGGCACUUACAUACGCUACAGCGCCAAGGCGAUCGGAUCGGGCAGCGAGGGCGCCCAACAGAACUUACAGGAUAAAUACACACCAGAGAUGACACUGAGUGAUGCCACCGAUUUGUGCUUGAACACCCUCAAGCAAGUAAUGGAGGAGAAGCUAAAUGAGACGAAUGUCGAAUUGAUGACCAUGACAACAAGCAAGAGGGAGUUCACCAUGCUGCGCGAGGAUGAGGUGAAAAAGCUCAUCGAAGAUCUGGUCUAAAACUUAAAUGCUACUCCAUAUUUUUACACACAGCAACAUUUUGGUUAUUUGAAGAAACUAUAUGUGAAUAAAAGGGGAUUAUAAAUCAA